AUGGCAUUGAUACAGUUGCUGAUAAUUUUCUCAUUAUUUAAAUCACUUGAAGCUCGCUAUUCUUUUUAUUAUACGACGCAGAGACCAGAAUCGAAUUUAACAUUCGAUUGUUGGUAUGCUCUCGUGGUUGAUCAUACUGUCGAUCAAAGUGUGACAAGUGUACAAUUAUUCGAUUGGACUGAGCCUAUUGAUAUUGCUGAGCGAUACGAAAUAAAUGGUCAAUAUUCAAAUGAAAUAUUUCACAAUUGUUCAUCAUCCUGGUUUGGUUCAACAUGUCAAUAUCGAUUAGAAAAUGAUGAAGCCUCUUCAUUUUUACCUGGCUGA